AUCCUGGAAGACUCAUCAGCUGCCACUGCAUGGACACGCAGGACUUUUCCUUCAGUUUGGAGUUUUAAAUUCUUGGCAUUUGUCUCGCAGUCGGUCGGCAUGGCUGUGGCUGAAGCGGUCAUCUCUGUUCUAAUGCCGUUUCCGAGCCUCAAACCGAUGGAAAACUUGUGCAAGACGGAUCCGUGCGUAAUGAGUAACGCAACAGGUGUCGCGGAUGACCCGUUGACAGAAGUGGAGUUCAGCACCGUGCAGUCUCCUGCGUUGCCCUCAAAAGACGAGGACGAGCUGGGCAAAUUCGUCGACCUCGAGUUCAUUUUCUCGAACACUAUUGGCGCCGAUGUUGUCGGCAACGACGGCGGCAGUGGAGGCAUUUCUCCCCCGCAGCAGUACGCGUACUCGCUGCCGGAGUCGCCGGAGAGCUGCAGCGGCGGCUCCGUGCCGGAGUGUGGCGAUCAUCCUCCAUCACACCUGCCCGCGCAGAGCUACCAAGGCUCGCUCAGCUUCUCAAACUCGAGCCCGGUGAGCAGCCUCAUGGCGGAGCUUCUCACUCCCGAGAUGAGUUAUCCUGGGGAGAUUUCUGCGGAGUGUGUCGACAAGGCGAGCGACGGGCGGGAGUACACCGAACUGCGCUCUUCAAACUCGGUCACCAUUCCACCGGCUCCCGCUCACCACCAAGUGGUCACGACUCCUCCCCCACCCGGAUACAAAGUUAAAACUGAGACUGUGGGUCAGUCCUGCAUGAUGGCAGCUGGCGCCGGCAACUUCGUGCACCAAAUGUACGACAAACCCCCGAUGCGCUCGGGGCAUCCUCCAGCUUUUGCGCACCAUCACGGCGCAGUUACAGGUGCAUUGCACGGCUUCGGUGCGCAGGCCUCACUUCACGGACGCACAGAUUGCCAUGUGGCACAAAUGAACUCUGCCAUGAGCUCCCACCAUCUUACUAAUCACCAGCAGCUCCAGAGCCAGUUUGUGAACGUGCCUUAUCAGCAGCAGUACGCACAGCAGUGUGGACCUCAGUUCCAAGGACAUUACAGCAUGCUCAGAGUGCCAUUCCAGGUCCACAAGCAGCAUCACCCCGCGUCUGUGCAGGGGAUGAUGCUCACCCCUCCGUCCUCUCCAUCCCUGAUGGAAUUUUACUCACAGGAUGAGACGGGGAGCAUCAAGCAGAAGAGAGGACGCAGGUCCUGGGCCAGGAAACGCGCUGCCACGCACAACUGUGAGUUCCCAGGCUGUGGGAAAACCUAUACCAAGAGCUCUCAUCUCAAAGCGCACAUGAGGACUCACACAGGUGAAAAGCCCUACCACUGUAACUGGGAAGGAUGCGGCUGGAAGUUUGCCAGGUCCGACGAGCUGACCCGGCACUUCAGGAAACACACUGGACACAGACCAUUUCAGUGUCACCUCUGCGAGAGAGCGUUCUCUCGGUCAGAUCACUUGGCUCUUCACAUGAAGAGGCACAUGUAGGCCAAACACCACCUGUUUCAGUUCUACCACGAUGGAGCCAGCACCCAGGAAGAAAGACCAGCUGGCCUCUGUCUUAAACCACUAGUCUUCUAUGUGUGUGUGAGUGUGUGUUGCCUUGAUAGAAUCUUGAGGGAAGCUGUAUUGUAUGUGUAAUUUAUGGCAUUCGAUGGCUGCAAUAACACAAAUGGAUUUUACAGGGAAAUAGUUUGAGGUUUGACACAACACAAGUUUAAGUGCCUCGAGAUUUUUGCAUCACUAUUAUUAGUUAAGUUAUAGUAGUUUAGUAUUCAAGACCUUCCCUUCACUGUCUUUUAAAGUAAUUAUCAGUGAGUGCCUUAACCAGACGUCUUAUUUGCUCGCUGUGGGCAGGACCCAGAUGUUUGUGUGUGUGUGUAUAUAUAUGUAAAGUAUAUUUUUUAAGUGUUUACAUUUUAUAUAUUUACUCAGAUCAGCUCGGGGUGACACUAUUUUAAUCUUUUUUGUAAACUGUUAUAAAAUGAAUGAUUAACACACACACACACACACACACAUAUAUAUAUAUAUAUAUAUUCAUGAAGCCACAGUGAAGACAUUUGAUGUGGUUUUGUCAAUGUUUGCAGCUUCAACAUAUAGAGGUACUAAAGUUUGUUUUUAGGAUCCCAAGCAAACAAUGAAGCUUUGCUUGAAUUCAACGAUAUUCACUGCUCACCAUGUGUAAGGAUUCAGACACAGAUGUAUAUUUUGUUACGUGUGUUUUGUCUUUUCAAAGUGAAGAACCCCACUGCAACCUGAGGUUGAACUGCUGUACUUGAAACUGACUUGUAAAACGGAUGUAUAGUUCUCCCUAAUAGCAAUUGUUUUUAAUUGCAUUCAAGGGCUAACAAAUAAAAUGCUUUUUACAUUGA